AGGAGAGAGAGACAGAGGGAGAGACAGAGGGAGAGAGAGAGACAGAGGGAGAGAGACAGAGAGAGAGAGAGAGAGAGAGAGAGAGAGAGAGCAAUGGGUGACAGCCCCAAGAAUCGGGUGGCCGGGAUGUGCUUCUGCUCCUGGUUACUCACUGCUGCCCUCUGGAGUCUGCUAGUAGAGUGGGGGUGCAGCGCCGGUGUGACGGGCAGGCUGGGGGGCUCAGUGGACAUGUCCUGUAAAGAAGAUCCCUUGAAGCACCCCAUAGAUGAGAUUACGAUGUACUGGGAGCUGCAGAACCAGUUGGUGGCCAUAGUAUGGCUCGGGAAGGUGAACACCAGCCUCCAGAAUGAGACGUACAAGGGCCGGGCACACCUGAAUCCCCUGGGGGUGAGAAAAGGUGAUUUCACCCUGCACCUGUCCAAUCUCUCCCACCAAGACAUCGGCACCUACCUGUGUGCUGUCUUCUGGAUAAAGGAAACCACCCAAAGACUCCAGAAAACAGAAGUAGACCUGAACGUGACAGAUGAUAUCGACCCCAUCUCUGUGCAGGCGGUUUAUGGCCAGGAACAGAACCUGACUUGCAUGACCCCUUUGGUCAUCCGGAAACCAAGAAUCAUGUGGAUAAACUCCAGUGACGGCACUGAGCUCCAGGAGGGUCGUAUUCAUAAUCACGUUCAGCAAGAUGGAGUCACCGAUUAUGUGGCCAGUACACUCAGCAUCAAUGUUACCUCCAACCUCAGUAUUACAUGUAUGAUAAUGACGGAGCAUAGCAAUAUCACCGCCCAAACCUAUAAAAUGUAUGUUACAAGCGGGAAUCCUAAUGAGGAAAAACAUGGCGACCUUUUUGUGCCCAUCUUUGUGACACUUGCAGUUGUUAUUAUUAUACUGGUGGCUGGAACGGUGAUAUUUAGAAGAAAGAUCUUUUCUCCUAAACACUCCGAGCAGCGGGUACGAUACCAGCCGGCACAUGAGAGUUGCCAGGAAGUAAAUGGGUGAAAAGUCCCUCUGGAAGCAGUGAGUGCAUAUUGUCCUGGAACGCUGGAUGGUAAUAACGGGUGGCGCGCUUACAACGACGGAAUGGCCGGCCACCAUGUACUGCAGGAUGAGACGUGUGACUGACGGACGCAAUCCUGGGACGUUAUGCUGGGAUAGCUCGCUCUUUGUACACACAGAGAACAUUUGAAAUUAUCUUCUUAUAAGAGAAACAUAAGGAGAAAUUAAUGGACAGAAAUGGAGAUAAUAUGGAGUAUAAAAGAGGUUAUGUACAAAUGGUUAUAGGGAGGACUUACACGGAGUAACAGAGAGUGAAAGACAAAAGUUACAUGGAGGUAUAUAGAGGAGUUAUAUGGAGGAGCUAUAGGCAGUAACAGAGGUAUAGGGCGGAGGUUACAUGGAGUUAUAUAGAGGAGUGAUAAAGCUAAUUAUUUAUCUUGAACCUAAGCUAUAUACUUAUUAAAGACAACAUACGCAAUAGGCGCAUGAGGUGCCGUAAUGGUACGCACUUAGCGUAGCAGACGCUAGGCCGUGGUCGAGACGCACGAGCUGCACGUUCGCUCACGUCUUACGCUUGGUAUCGAGCACGCUAUAGGCGGCCCGAGUACCGUAAAGCUACGCUAAUAGCAUAGCAGACGCUGUACCGCGAGAGCGGGAUACGAGCGGCGCUGACGCUCACUGAUUUACACACAGACAACCUUGUAACAACACACUAUAAGGGUAUGCUUAUACUGUAAACCUUAGUACUGUAAUAUUAUCACAAUGUAACGCUGAUUAACCUUUAUGAUAUGAAAGCUGUUUGAGCGACUGAGACGCUCAACAACCCUUUAUACUAACUAGUGAAACACACACUCCUUGCUAAGGUUCCAACACCUUUACUGACGAUAUUUAGUACGUAAAAAGGGGAAAACAGAUACAGUUCAUACACUACAGACCUGACAUUAAUACCUAAACACAAUAACUAAACAGAAAUACAAACACUAGCAAACGAUUGCAAAUACAAAUAAACAGAAAGAGGAUAAAUGGCAAACACUUAUAGGUUAGCUACAAAAGAACAAUUGCAUACAUACAGAGUAACGAAAUGGCCACAGAGAAACUUACACACUUGGGAAUGAAUCGCAUGCGCUAUCUGGAAACCAGCUCUCAGUCAUCACAGGGAAAACCUUUUGGAGAGAAGUGAGGCUGGUCUGGCUAUGGGGGUCUUUAUAUACACAACAUACUGUACAAUACAAUGGUCCUAUAAUCUCAUUGUUCAUUGGACACAGGAAUUUGUCUCUGCAUUAUAACAAAAGGUCAUAGGUGGGUUCGUACGGGGGGAUGUGUCUCUCUCCAACUGCUCAGGUGGGAGGCAUCCUCAGGACUCCCACCUCAUGUGUAAUAAAACAGCAAAUACAUUUAAAUGUCCAUAAACUUCUUUUAAACAUAACUAUACGCAGGAGCGACUAAUCUCUUCCUAACCAACACCGGAAUGUUUCUAAUAAAAUACUCUUCAGUUAGGUACCAGA